GUCACAUUCACGAAUCACCAACACUCCGUCAGCCUCCAAGCCCUCGCUCGACAUAAGCGCAAACAUAAAGCAGGACGUUGGCCUUUGAGGGUCCUCACCAACACCAACUCAACUCUCGCAAGUCAAACGCCCCUAGCAGAGCCAUGUCGCCCGAUAACAGCAAAUCCGAACUGGGACCCCUUCCCGCGCACUUCAAGAAGGAAAACGUCCGGGUCAUUUGCUGCGAUAUCGACGGCACAACCAUACGAAAGGACCACACAGUCUCCAAACGCACCAUCAACGCCUUUCACUACCUCCGAAAAAACCACCCCGAUGUGCAAAUCAUGUUCGCGACAGGUCGGCCCGCCAGCGCCGCUGGGAACAUUGCCCCGUUGCUGAAAGACGAGACCGACGGCAAGGACAGCGCACCAAAGGGGAAAGGAAACGCAGUCAUCGGCGUGUACCUAAACGGCUCCCUCGUCCUCGAACACGCCGACGGGACCGUCAAAUCCGCCACGACGGGUAUCGACCUCACCAACGGACAACCCGUCGAGUACGACCCGUCCCUCGCUGACAAAGUCACGGGCGGGGAUACCUCCUUCAAAGGGCCGUGGUACGCCUACAUCGACACCACCCGCCUGCACAUCCUGCAUGAACGCCGCCUCCUCCCCAAGGACGCGAUCUGGUACCUCAACUACGCGGAAACCUACAAUCUGACCAUCAUCGCCUACUGCGGCAACGAGAUAGUCACCCCCAACCGUUACGACGCGGUGUUUGAGCACACGUUUGCCGCCGGUGAGCCGCGCGCGAUCUACGAUAAGGAUCUGAAGGGGAAGGUGGAGCGCGGGGAAUUGGUGCCGCACAAAUUUGCACUUGUGAGCAUGGACUUUGCGAGGAUGGACGAUGUGGAGCGGUCGUUGGGGGUCGAGGAGGGGGAUGUGGUGGAGGCGGGGAGGGAUGGGAAGCAUAACUUCAUCCCGCAUGCGUCGCUGGGCCCGCGACCGCGCGAUACGACGAAAUUGCUGAGGCUCGGGAAGGAUCGGUUGGAGGUGAUGCAUGUUGACGCUUCCAAGGCUGCUGCGUUGCAGACGCUGUGCAAGAGCAAUAAACUAGGCACCGGCAAGGUGUCCAUGAGCCAUGUCAUGGCGUUUGGCGAUGGGUUCAACGACAUUGAGAUGGUGCAGGAAGCCGGCAUGGGUGUUGCGAUGGCUAACGGGGAGGAACCACUCAGAAAGAUUGCGGACUUUGUGAGUGCGACGAACGACGAAGAUGGGGUGGCGAGGGUGCUGGAGAAGGUGUUUGAUAUAGAGUGGAAGGAUUGAAAAAUGUGAUCAUCCCUACUCGACCCAGGUCGCCACUCUAGAGAAGGUUUAUGUAGAACAGGGCAUUUCGCAUCUAUCACAGU